UGAACACGGCAGAGAACAAGUUGAGGGCGUCGCGCCAGUGAUCACGCCGAGUCGCACGCGCUCAGAUCGUCGGUCCCGCGUGGAUGUCUCUAAGCAAUAAUUACGUGAUUUUCGAAAUCAAAAAUAGUUGAAUAGAUAACACGUAUACGUAUAUGAUAUACGACAUAACGAGUAUCAAUAUUUGGUAGUGUUUUUUUUUUAUAUUUUUAAAUUUUUAAAUUUGUUUAAUUGUUAUUUUCGGUUACGAAAUUAUGGAGGAAAUAUUGUUUAAAUUUAACGUCAGUGAUUUGGUCUGUACUUAACGGAUAUCCCUACACCUGGAUUUCCAUUUUGGAUCAAAGUGGUCAAAUGACGUUAACUUCAUGAAAGGGACAUCCGGACGACGACACCGAGCCCAAUGAGAUCACAAUGUUGCUGAUAUUUCUACUGGCAGCCGCGCUGUGGAACUGCAAUUGCUGGUGGAAUGCCGCCAAUAUUUACACUUUCGCCGUGCAACCCGGAUAUUUGGACUUUGACAAUUUACCGGACACGAAUUUCUCAUGCGACGGCAAAGUCAUCGGAGGUUAUUACGCGGACGUGGAGACCGGCUGUCAAAUGUUUCAUGUUUGCACCAUUGGCCAAAAAGCGGAAAUCACCGAUAUCAAAUUCUUAUGUCUAAACGGGACGGUAUUCGAUCAGGAGACCAGAGUAUGCGAACGUUUGGACGAAGUAGAUUGCAGCAGGAGCGAAAGUUUCUUCGAUCUUAACUUGGAGCUGUACGGAAACAACGGAGCGGGCUAUGGAAUUGCACCGGAAGAACCACCGGAACAGGAACCGGUGCAGUGUAACGUAGACGAAGAAGAGUGUUCCGGGACGCCCGACUACUUCGACGAGGAAAUGACAACGGUCUCAGGGCCAAUAGGAGCGCUGGCGGCCACGGCCGCGGUCGCUGCAAUGACGACGACCACCACGACGACCACUAGCACCACGACCACAACGCCACGGACAACCACGACAAGCGCGGCCACGAGCACCAAGCGUCCAUCGCAGCCGAUAGUGAUGACUAGCACGCCAAAACCGACGCAGCAGCCGGCUGUCUCGUAUCCGACAAACUCGCCAGAAACGAUAGCGGCUCUGAUAGCACUGCACAACGCUUUCCAGGAGAGCCUCAAAGAACGGGAACAAGGGCCUGGGCCCAAGGGGCAGCAGUCCCACCACAGGUACCAUCCACCGCCGCCGCCGCCACCUCAACAGCAGCAGCCCAAACCGUUUACGGUGUCCAACUUCCAACCACCUCGACACUUCCCGUCCAAGGCGCCGCAGCAACAUCUGCAACAGCAACAGCAGCAACUGCAACAGCAACACCAACAGCAACAACAACAGCAGCAGCAGCAUCAGCAGCAUCAUCUGCAACAUCAACAGCAGCAGCAGCCACCGCCACCGCCGUACCGACAUCAGCAGCAACAUCUGCAACAGUCCCAACAACAACAGCAGCAGCAGCAGCAUCCGGUCUUGUUGUCGUCUGAGCGGUUCGGAAACCAAAACUUCCGGCACGGCUUCCGGUUGCAAAACGGACCGCUGCCGCCCGUGGACGAAUCGCCGCCUCCGUCGUCGUACCAGCAGCAGCAGUACAACGGAGACGGUGCACAGUACGACGGUAACUAUGACGAAGCGGUCGCGGCCGUCGGACUGGGUGACGAAGAGGACGUGGACGACGAAGAGUCCCGGCGGAACUUCGCUCGCGAAGCUCCCGAAUCGUCGGUCUCGGUUUCAGUGCAGGUUAGCUCGUCGUCGACCAAAAACAGUGCCAUCAACCAGCAGCAACAGCAACAGCAACAGCAACAGCAACGGCCGACGCAGGUGGCUGUCGUCGCCUCAGAAUCCGCGACGCCGACCGCGACCACGACGACGACCACGACGGCCACGGCCACGGCGGCCGAUCGCCCGUUCACGGACAAGUUGUCACUGCCGCAGCCUCCUCCAGCGGACGACUCCGACCCGAACGACGGCGGAGAUGUGUACGAGGACGAGUACGAAGAGUUGGAAGGCGACGAAGAGUUCUUCAAGGACGUGCCAAAACUGGGUCAGGACAGGAGACGGAGAUACGCAGUGGGCGUCGCCAGACGAGCGUAGCGAUAUGUUUAUGAUAAUAACAAUAUUAUCGUUAUCGUUUCCAACAGUACGACGCGGGAACGGCCGCCAAAACCACCGCGAGACGAUCGAACGCAGUUCAAAAUGUUUUUGCUCAAUAGUUUUGCGUCUGUUGUUAUGAUCACGACUAUACUAUACGCGAAUACGGCCAUUUUUUUUUCUUCUCAUCGUCGUUCGUAAAUGCUUUUACACCGACGUACCUGAAUCCUACUGCUCCUGCUCCUCCUACUCCUCCUCUCCUUCUCUCUCUGCCACCCUCACUUCCUAUUCCACCUCGUCCUACACUCGAGUAAGGAAAAUGUAAAAGUGAUUUUUUUUUUGUUUUUAUUUUUUUUUACCAACAUACUGUAUUUAUAACUUACACGAUUUUUUUACGAAUAUGCCAAUAAUGGUUAUAAUAAUAUUAUUAUUAUCAAUUAUUAUUUUUGCAAUAAUUCUGCAGGCAAUGUAAAAGAAUAUGUCCCUUGCUAUUCCUGUAUAAUUGUAGGGUAUAAUCAGGACUCGGGACUAUGAGCACUCGCGUCUGAGGUGUAGUACCGCUACUGGUGUAUCAGUUUUGGGUAAUACGUACCAUUUUUAAAAUUGUGCAGAAUCAUUUAUUGUUAUAUUAAUACUAUUUUUUUUUUUUUUUGUCACGGUUAUGUUUUGAAUGGAAUAUUUUUCUAGACACUAUCAAACCGGUGGUAUUAAUUAUUUAUCAUAAUUUUAAUAGAUAUACUAAUGUAAGUACCUAAAUAUUUACAUUAAAAAAAAUAUCAAGUUUGAGAUAAAGCAUACAGUUAUAUGUAUUUAAGUAAUAUACAAAUAUUUAAAUAAGCGCUCAAGUCCCGACCCAUGAUUAUGAUAUUACGAUAUCACGCUUGCUUACGUCUGUCGUGAGCGAUAUCUUUUUUUCUCUUUUUUAUGCUUGAGGGGAGGAACGAUUUAAUUUUGUAUACUAUUAUAUAAAUUAAUAAUUAAAAUGAUAUUGUACGAUUGAAAUACAUGUUUCUUUUACACGCAACACAAUACGGAUAUUUAAAUAAAAGAAUCUAUUUAUAUAAAAUAGGUUUGUAAUAUUAUUCCGAGUUAACCAAGUAUAAUAUUUAUGAAUACGUCGUAUACGCAUAUAAUAAUAUAGUAUUAUAUUGUAAUUUUUUUACACUUGAAAACAUAACAAUAUCAUAUAAUAUAUAUUAUGUUAUCGAUGAUUAUUAAUUUUGUGUCUUUCCUCACAUAUGAUAGGUAAUCUAGACUGAUAUAUGUUAUUAUUAUUGUACUCGGAUUAUUGUGUUUAGUUUUACGGAAAGCGUGUAAUAUACGAAAUUAAAAUUGUUUAAUCAUUUUUAGUA